CUUCCCGCCCUCCGCCUGCAUUGGAGACCGGAGAGUAGAGGCUCAACUCGACCUACCUACUCCCUUCUCGCUUCCAUCAUGAGCUAAACCUUCCCCACCCCCAACAACCAAACGCUACCACAUUAUAAAAUCCCUCUCAUUUCUUCUACCUUCCUUCAGGGCUUUUUUCCCGCAUCCUCUGCAACUCUUUCUCUCUCUUUUUCUUUCCAUCUUCCAAGUUGAACAAGUGUGAGAGAGAGAGAGAGAGAGGUAGUUUUUUCCGAAGGAACAAAAAAAUGGCUCUUCCAAGCAGCUGUGGUCUCUCCUCCAAAUCUCUUCUACAAUCUCAAUCCCUACUCCCUUCCUCCAAACCCCACCAACCCUCUUUCUCUCUUCUCCCCACCAACAAAUCCAUGUCCAGAUCUGUCAAGCCCAUCUCGGCCGUCCACGCCGCUGAGCCUGCCAAAACUCCCGUCGUCGCUGACAAGCCAUCCAAGUCGACUCCCACCUCCACAUCCCCAAAGACCACCUCCGGCAAAUGGUCCGUCGAUAGCUGGAAAUCCAAGAAGGCUCUGCAGCUCCCUGAAUACCCAGACCAGCUAGAGCUCGAAUCUGUUCUUAAAACCAUCGAAUCUUUCCCCCCGAUUGUCUUCGCUGGUGAAGCGAGGACUCUGGAGGAUCGCCUCGCUGAGGCUGCAAUGGGAAGGGCUUUCCUUCUGCAAGGCGGCGACUGUGCUGAGAGCUUCAAGGAGUUCAACGCCAACAACAUCCGAGACACCUUCCGUAUUCUUCUCCAGAUGAGUGUUGUCCUCAUGUUUGGAGGACAGAUGCCUGUCAUCAAGGUGGGGAGAAUGGCGGGUCAAUUCGCAAAGCCGAGAUCAGAACCGUUCGAGGAGAAGAACGGAGUGAAGCUUCCGAGUUACAGAGGGGACAAUGUCAACGGCGAUGCUUUCAAUGAGAAGUCGAGGGUUCCGGACCCACAGAGGAUGAUUAGGGCCUACUGCCAAGCUUCAGCGACUCUAAACCUUCUCAGGGCCUUUGCUACGGGAGGUUACGCAGCCAUGCAGAGAGUUACCCAGUGGAAUCUCGAUUUCACUGAGCACAGCGAACAGGGAGACAGGUACCGGGAACUGGCUCACCGGGUUGACGAGGCUCUGGGGUUCAUGACUGCUGCUGGGCUCACGGUAGACCACCCAAUCAUGACCACGACUGAGUUCUGGACAUCCCAUGAGUGCUUGCUGUUGCCCUACGAGCAAGCCCUCACUAGGGAAGAUUCCACCUCUGGCCUUCACUAUGACUGCUCCGCUCACAUGCUUUGGGUUGGGGAACGCACCCGACAGCUAGAUGGAGCCCAUGUCGAGUUCCUCAAAGGAGUUGCCAAUCCCCUUGGAAUCAAGGUGAGUGAUAAAAUGGACCCCAAUGAGCUAGUUAAGCUGAUUGAAAUCCUCAACCCACAGAACAAGGCCGGGAGAAUAACAAUAAUUGCGAGGAUGGGAGCUGAGAACAUGAGAGUGAAACUUCCGCAUCUGAUAAGGGCAGUCCGCAGAGCAGGGCAAAUCGUCACAUGGGUUAGUGACCCUAUGCACGGUAACACCAUCAAAGCUCCAUGUGGUCUCAAAACACGUCCCUUCGAUGCAAUUAGGGCGGAGGUCCGAGCAUUCUUUGAUGUGCAUGAGCAAGAAGGCAGCCACCCCGGAGGUGUACAUUUAGAGAUGACUGGUCAAAACGUGACAGAGUGCAUCGGAGGGUCACGGACUGUGACCUUUGAUGAUCUGAGCUCGCGCUACCAUACCCACUGCGAUCCAAGGCUCAACGCAUCUCAGUCUCUGGAGCUUGCCUUCAUCAUCGCUGAGCGGCUUAGAAAGAGGAGGAUCGGAACGCAGAGCGCCAUUGGUUCCUUGGGGGGGCUGUAGGUAGGAAGGACUUGGGGAGGGUUGUGUGGGUUAUUCAUUAUUUGCGUGGGUUCUUCCGUUAGGAAUGGCCAUGGCCCUCUUCUUAAUAUAUCCUAUGUUGGGAUGUACUUUGUAUUAAUUAAUAUGUAUACUGGAACACAUGAUGGUUGAGAGUUGAGAUGAAUAAAGCUAAGGCCAUGGCUAAUUAUUAUUGUUCUCAGAUUCAAACUGUGAGAGGUUCUUUUUGGAUUAAUUAAAAACUGUAUCUUUAGGCUUUAGCCUUUAGUCAUAAGAGAAGAAGGGCACAUGUUCAUUCAUCA